AUGAUGAUAAGGCAUAACAACAGCAAAAAGACAAAGAUUGGUAAGGAUUCAAACUCACUUCCUCCCGAUCUACUGAUCGAGAUCUUGAGUAGAUUGCCUGUAAAAGUUGCGUCUCGGUUUUUCCUUGUAUGCAAGCUAUGGUCAACUAUCAUCAGCAGCCAAGACUUCAUCAGAUCGUUCCCGUCGCAUUCGAUUCAGCCACAUCCACCACGUCUGCUCUACGCUGUAAAUAACAUAGAAAAACAAAACGGAUUCUACAAGUGUCAGUCUCCCAGGCAUGUUCAUUACGUCAAUGGCUUGAUAAGCUUUGGAUAUGGUGAGAAACAAAUCAUAACUAGCCCUAGCACCGGUAAGACCAUAUACUUACCCAAAGUGAGAUCAAGAAAACAAAUCAUUCGAAGUUAUUUCGGAUUUGAUCCAGUUGAAUCCCAAUAUAUAGUGCUAGCAGUGUGCAUGUCUGAUAAGGUGGGUGACUACUCCAAAGUUCCUUCUUCUGAACAUAAAGUGUUUACAUUAAUGGGAAGAGAAGGAAGAGUUGCACAAACAUGGAGGAUGGUUAAGUGUAACACUAGUCCUCAUUGUCCUAAAGCUAACGGUGUAUGCAUCAAUGGGGUUUUGUAUUAUGUCGCUUCCACGGGAAAGAAAAGGAUGUCUGAAUGGUUCUUAAUGAGGUUUGAUGUGAGGACCGAGAAGUUGGGUCUCCUUUCUCGACUAUCCUGGAGGUUAUACGAUUUGGAUCGUCUAUCUUUGAUAAACUACCAAGGAAAAGUGACCUUUGUCGUUCAAACUUGUCCCUCUAGUACUAUAUUUGAUUUGUGGGUUAUGAAAGAUACUGUAGAAUGGUCGAGGAUUUGUGUCCACAUUCCUUGGAUGAGUGGUUGGAAAUCUACAAUAGACAUCAUAGGCACUACUCAUACGGGUCAGAUUGUUUUCUUUUACAACCAUAGCGACGACAUGUACGCUCGGUGUUUUAUUCUCUAUUACGAUCACAAGACGAAUAGACUCAUAAAUAGGCGGUUGUCUUAUGGUAUAGAAGUAGGGUUUCAACCGGUUUCUGCAAUGUUGCUUUCUUGUGAUUACGUAGAGAAUGUUAUGUCGUUUUUUUCUUUUUAA